AUGCCCAGCCUACUCCUUCUCCUCUUCAUGAUCUUCUUUCUCCUGGAGUCUAUGGCAGCAAUCAUAGGAAAUGGUUUCAUCAUCAUAGUACUGGGCAAGGAGUGGGUGCAAUGUUGGACACUGCCUCCUGGUGACAUGAUCCUGGCCAGCCUGGGCAUUUCUCGCUUCUUUCUACAGUGGGCAACAGUUCUUAGCAACUUCUACAUGUAUUUCUUCCCAUCUAACAAAAAAUUAUACUUUGGAAUUUUCUGGAGUUUUACUAAUGUGGCCACAUUCUGGUUUACCACCUGGCUUGCUGUUUUCUACUGUGUGAAAAUUUCUUCUUUCACUCACCCAAUCUUUCUCUGGCUGAAGUGGAGAAUUUCCCGAUAUGUCCCCUGGCUACUGUUGUGGUCCUUAGUGAUAUGCACUUUGAUAUGCAUCUCAUCUUUUUUAAAGACCUAUCUUGUUUUCCAACUGCCAGUCACUGGGAAUCACUCAGAAAAGACCACUUUGGAUGAUAGGACACGUGCAUUACAGAUGCAUUUUUUCCUACCAUUGCAAAUGUUUAUUUUGUUAAUUCCUUUCUUCUUCUUCCUAGUCUCCAUCAUCUUGCUCAUUUCCUCCCUGUACAGACAUAUGGGGAAUAUGCAGCACCACAGUGCUGGGCCUCAGGACCUGAGUAUGCAGGUGCACACUACAACCCUGAAGUCACUUUUCUUCUUUCUCAUCCUCUAUACAUCAUAUGUUCUGCCUCUGAUCAUUUCCCUCAGAGCACGUAUUUCAGUUUGCAGCUCUCAGUUUUGGAUAUCGCAGGUAGUGAUUUAUGCUGGCAUCUCCAUCCAUCCUGCCUUCCUGAUCCUGAACAACUCGAGACUGAGGAGGGCUCUGAAGAAGAUGCUGCAUGACCCAGAGGCUGCAUGA